GCCGGGCUCCGGCGAAGGGGGCGGUGGCCGCGGCGGUGACAGCCGCUCCCCGCCCCCGAGGCCGCCACGUCUCUCACGUACCACCCGGACGAGCUGCGGAGCGGCGACCGCGCCGGGGCUCCGGCUCCUCCGGCGGGGCUCGGCAUGAGGCUGGCGCGGCUGCUGCGCGGAGCAGCCUCGGCCGGUCCGGGCCCCGGGCUGCGCUCCGCCCGUCCCACCGUCAGCCGCAGCCUCACCUCGGACUCAGGCUCCGGCCCGGCGCCUGAACGCGGCGUUCCGGGCCAAGUGGACUUCUACGCGCGCUUCUCGCCGUCCCCGCUCUCCAUGAAGCAGUUCCUGGACUUCGGAUCUGUGAAUGCUUGUGAAAAGACCUCAUUUAUGUUUCUGCGGCAAGAGUUGCCUGUGAGAUUGGCAAAUAUAAUGAAAGAAAUAAGUCUUCUUCCAGAUAAUCUUCUCAGGACACCAUCAGUUCAAUUGGUGCAAAGCUGGUAUAUCCAGAGUCUUCAGGAGCUUCUUGAUUUUAAGGACAAAAGUGCUGAAGAUGCUAAAACUAUUUAUGACUUUACAGAUACUGUGAUUCGGAUCAGGAACCGACACAAUGACGUGAUUCCCACGAUGGCUCAGGGUGUGAUUGAAUACAAGGAGAGCUUCGGGGUGGAUCCUGUCACCAGCCAGAAUGUUCAGUACUUUUUGGAUCGUUUCUACAUGAGUCGCAUUUCAAUUCGAAUGUUACUCAAUCAGCACUCUUUAUUAUUUGGUGGAAAAGGCAAAGGAAGCCUGUCUCAUCGAAAACACAUUGGAAGCAUAAAUCCAAACUGCAAUGUGGUUGAAGUUAUUAAAGAUGGCUAUGAAAAUGCUAGGCGUCUGUGUGAUUUGUAUUAUAUUAACUCUCCCGAACUAGAACUUGAAGAACUAAAUGUGCCUUUUGGACACAAAAGGUUUAGAUGCCUUGGAAGGAGAUUGAUGAGUCUCCCUGUUUUUCCUCGAGCAAAAUCACCAGGACAGCCAAUACAAGUGGUUUAUGUACCAUCCCAUCUCUAUCACAUGGUGUUUGAACUUUUCAAGAAUGCAAUGAGAGCAACAAUGGAGCAUCACGCCGACAAAGGUGUUUACCCGCCUAUUCAAGUCCACGUCACACUGGGUAAUGAGGAUUUGACUGUGAAGAUGAGUGACCGAGGAGGUGGUGUUCCUCUGAGGAAAAUUGACCGACUCUUCAACUACAUGUAUUCAACUGCACCCCGGCCUCGUGUUGAGACGUCCCGAGCAGUGCCCUUGGCUGGUUUUGGUUACGGAUUGCCCAUAUCACGCCUUUAUGCACAGUACUUCCAAGGAGACCUAAAGCUGUAUUCCCUAGAGGGCUAUGGGACAGAUGCCGUUAUCUACAUUAAGGCUCUGUCAACAGAAUCAAUAGAAAGACUCCCGGUGUAUAACAAAGCUGCCUGGAAGCAUUACAACACCAACCACGAGGCUGACGACUGGUGUGUUCCCAGCAGAGAACCAAAAGACAUGACGACAUUCCGCAGUGCCUAGACACACUUGGGACCCCUGGAAAAUCCAGAUGUUUUUUAUUAAAUUUGGAAGGGAUGGUGUUCAGAACUACAUUAUACCAAAUACUUCAUGUGUCGUUUUCACAGUUAACUAUUUGGGUAGAUAGAAUAAGUGGUAAGUUAAAUUCCAUUUAUGCCCGUUAAAUCUCCUAAAGGAUGAAGUUGUACCUAUUUUACACUUAAAUUUUCACAGUUAAUUGAACAUAUUUUUAAACAACUGUAGUUCUGGUCAACUUUCUCUUUACGGUAGACUUCAGAAGCAUAGAAGUCUUUGGGUUUCUACAGGAAGCUGUGUAGUUUUUCAAGAAAUACUUUUAUGUCUGCUAGAAACAUUUCCUUAAUAUCGAUUAGCCAGUUAGCUAUCUUUCUGUUUUAGAGGAGUUCUGCCAGCCUUUAUUUAGUAAUGACAGAUGUAAUAAGACGAUCUACAGAUUUACAUGACUGACUACAAUUAAAGCAGUAAACAGUUGCCCUGUUAAGUGUAGAACCAGCCACCUUUCAGCAUCUACAUGCAUUGUCUUCACUCUGAAGUUAAUUUAUCAUGUUUUAAUUUUAUUGCAAAGGAUUGUAAUGAUUGAUUUCCUAUGAAACUAAGCCAAGAUCAUGGGCAAUCUACUUUGAAUGUGCUUAUGAUUAAUGCAAUGGGAAAUUUUUAUACUAAAACCUAACAGCUGCUAAAAUUCUAAAUUGAAUUUAAGAAAUUGAGGGCAGAACAGUGAGUCCCAAAAACUGUACUAACGAUUGUUGAGAUUACCUGGGGGAGCUUUUGAGAAAGUUUUUCUGAGUCCUACUCCAGACAUACAGAAUCAGACUCUGCGGCUGCAGCCCAGGAAUCUCAAUUUUUAUAACACUUCCUAGAUGAGUCUGAUGCCUCACCUAGUUAGGAAACCAUGCUUUUAAAAUGAGUAAUGAUGAUACCACAUUUGCUAACAUAACAGAUCUUUAGAUUUUGGUUUUCACCUAUUGAAAGGUCAGACUUCUAGACUCUAGGAACAAACUGGUGCAAUUAGAAGCAUAAUUGGAAGCAAGAGACAAGUUGGCUACAGAAGAGUCAGGUAACCAAAGGAUUAGAACCAUAAAUGCACAGGUACUGACAAAAAACAUGUUAUGAAAAAUAUCUAUACUUUAUCAGGAAAAAGUCACCUUGGGCUUACCACAUUCGAAUGUUUGCAUUCGAAUGUUAAUUUGUAGUAUACAAAUUUUUGGUAUAUUCAGUAUAUUAUGAUAACUCUGUUGGGCUGUAAGACAGAGAUACCAAACAGGUGGUAUCAUCUUCGUUUUUGAGACUCAGAGGAUAGCCCAAAGCUGCCCAGAAUUGGAGUGAGGGCUCAAGCUGUAUCUGCUGAUCACUGGCAGUCGCCUGGUCUAAGAGACCAUGAAAGUCAGGAGACUGAGUUGUUAGUCUUACCUCAUCUUUUAAGGUGACAGGGAAGUACACUGAAAAUAAAUUUUAAAGUAAGAUUUUAAAUGUUUAAAGAACAGCUUUACUACUUAAAUGGGGAACUUUAUCUGGUAAAUACAUUGAGUUGAAACACCUCAUUCUCAAAAGGAUUAUGUAAGCUUAACAGUGCUAUACAAAUUUGUAAAUUGGAAGGGAUGUUAAAGGGCCGUUAGCCCAGGACUCUCACAUAAGAGAUGAGGAUCCUGAAACUCGGGGUGUGUGGGGUUUGCCCAGGGCUGAUUAGCUGAUGUGACCAAAUGUUGGAAAAAGAUCUUUUACCUAUUACUCCUUAAUUAUGGAUUUUAUGAUAAACAAUAGGAUAUGCUAGUGGAUGAUUUAUAUUAGUUCAAUGUGUCCGUUUUUUUAGCUUAAAAUUACACUUUUCUUGUAAUGAUGAAAUAGUUUCGAAUCCUUUGAAUCAAAGUAUUCACUUUCUUUCCUAAAUGAGACAUUUGUACAACUGACAUAAAUUUGAUAUUCUUACUUAUCCACCCCCACACACACACAAAAUUAAAGUUUCUCUCUUAAGAGCUAAGAAAUUGUGUUUUCAAAGGAAGAGUGAAAUCUUUUCCUUUAGCUUCUUUUUAAGGUGUAAUGGCUUUUUCACUUCUUUACUGUGGUAAGGGACACAAAGUUACAUACAGAAAUAUUUGGGGGAAUGCUUUCUCCUAGUUGGUUUUAAAUUAUUGUGCUACCUGAAAAGUUUUUAGAUUCUUACACUAUUUUUCCCCACCAGCAUUUAAUAUGAUGCCAUGUAGAUUUUAAAAAUAUACUGAAAGAUAAGAAAUGGAUACUAAGUGAUUUUUGUAACCUGGGCAUUUAAUGAAUAUGCCAACAUUUUUUUAGGAAGAAUCACAAAAAGUAUUCUGCCCUGUACUUAAAAUACUAGCUGGCUUUAGAUGUCUUCAUACUUA